CGGUCGAGAGGAGCACAGUGGAGAAUCGCGGUGUAGAAGAUGAGGUGUAUUCACUCCUGGGUUGUUGGACUUUUCUGUUUAGCACUUACAUUUAAAUUCGGCUACUCAAUAUUCUGCUACGACUGCAACAGCGCGUUCGACCCGCGAUGCGGCGAGGAGUUCGACCCGUUCAGCCUGGGCGUCAUCAACUGCUCGCUGCGGGACCCGCCCGACCACAUCGCACCCGUGGAAUCCACUUUUUGUCGGACAAUUAAGAUGGAGAUCUACGGCAAAGUCCGUAUAGUCCGCCAGUGCGGCUUCAUUCCUAACGAGGGGGGCAACCACACGUGCCGGAAACAAACAGGAACCGGGGAACUUUUUGUCACAUACUGUACAUGCAACACCGACUUAUGUAACGCCGGCUCCACUCUCGACCGCAAGAUGGCGCUGGGCCUCGUAGUGUUGAUGCUAUUGAAGAGAAUCGUGUGAUGUUCAAAACUGCCUUAUUGUGAUUAAAAUAAAGAAUAUAUUUUUA